AUGCUGGGCCCCACGUUCGGAAUAGCCGCUGCAACAUCCCUCAUAAUGGCGGUCUUGCCUUACGAUUUUAUCUCCAAUAAUGAAAUUACAACUGAUGGCAAGCUAGUUGAUGGCAUCUCUCGCUGGCUGACUGAGUUCACCCGCUCAGUUGUAUCUCGAAAUUUCCAUUCCUACAACAAUUACUGGCGACCAUACCUAUUAUUUUCGGCACUUGCAGCAGGUUGGUCCUUUACGCUAUUCGAACAGGCCCGCAGUAUCUUCAACACCCAGCUGGAUAUGGCCCUUGUUCUCCUAAUUGACGUCAAAACAAACCCUACAGAUACCUGGCCGCUUUUAGUAAAGCAGCUUGACCUGCUUCGAAAAAGAUAG